ACAGGAAAAUCAUUCGCUCCUGUUCUCUCUCUCUGUGUCUACGGCGGGAAACUCCUGAAACAGUGACCUUGAAAUUGUCGAUGAAUGAAGGAAUGCUCGUCGUUUGAGGAAGGGCGAAUAGCGGAAUAAGCCUAUUAAUAUUUGGGGUUGAGGAUGUGAUUCUGAAAGUGGUGACGAUGCAAUGCCUCCUUUUUCUUCUUGUGGCUUCGUGGACGGGGUGGGGUGUGGCUGUACCUCCCAGCCCCUGCAAGUCCUGGGAGUUCCAGUGCGACAAUGACAGGUGCAUCACACGCAACCGAUUCUGCGAUGGAACUGACGACUGCGGAGACGGCUCGGAUGAGCCUGCCGGUUGCACCAACUGCAACCAGACUCUGAUGGGUGAAGUGGGGGCCAAAUACCCUCUGAGGAUAACGGAACCCAUUCAGCGAAACUUGCCUUUCGUAUGCAAGCUCCAUCUGGUUGCCGGAGGUGGAAGUACUCUGGGAGAGAGACUCGAGAUCACUUUCCUCUCUUUCCAGAUAGGAUCUCUCACUUUGGAUAGAAAUGGGACCGAAGACAAAUUGACAUGCAGACGGGGCCACCUCCGCUUGUCAGAAUCCCACGAUGACAUCUUUCUCGGAGACGACGGUUUCCGACAUCCAGGGUCCACACUGCGCAGUCAACAGACCAGAGGAUUCUCUCAGCUCAUAUCCGCCUUCAAGGAACCUCCAACGCGGCAACUGUCCACUCUCUAUGAUCUGACCGCUGGUAUGGAACCCGACUUCGGUUUAUUCUGCGGUAGUCUGCUGGCUUCUGAUCUUGGAGUGGCUUUCUAUUCAAGUGGGAACAACGUUACGUUAUCUGUUUACUUACCUCCUAGGUCGUCUGUUGGCACUGCUUCUAUGAUAGGAUCUUUUGGAUUGUAUUUGACUUACAGAUUUUUAUCGCCGGUACCUGCGAAACCACCCUCCAAUGCUGACAGCGAGUCUCCGUCUUUACACUUCGGCAACGUCGUGGCUCACAGCUACUGCGACAGAGCAUUCGUCAACUGCGACAGAAAGAAAUGCUUGAUCCAAUCCCCCAAUUUUCCAGGUCUGUACCUGCGGAAUUUCACAUGCAAUUACUUCUUGAGGCAAGACUAUGUUCCGCCAGGGAAACGGGCCCGCAUUAUUGUCUAUCAGGCAAACGAGUACAAGAUAUCCGUCAACACUGGAUCAUCGCUGUCGAGGUCAGAUUCAAGGAAAGCAAUCAACCAAGGUGGCUUGACUACUGAUUGCGCUGGUGAUGUAGUUCGAAUCUAUGACAGAAUCGAUACCGAUAAAGGUGGAGGGAAACACCUUCUGACUGAAUUCUGCGAAUCUGGUUCUCUUACAGACGUCGUCUCCAGUGGUCCAGAGAUGCUGGUGCAGCUUUACAGCGCACCUUCAAAUCUUUUAUACGAGUCUAGACUUGAGCUUGAAAUACGAGUUGAAUUCUUGGAUGCCAAUGAUACCAUCGGUGAAUUUAGCUUCAAUAAAAAUGCGGAAUGUUUCAUUCAUAUUGACAGCUCUACUACAAGAUCGGGUAUCAUUCGAAGUCCUUCCCACAGCGUCCCAAAAAAUACCACUUGUAUAGCAAAAUUAGCAGGUAAUCCUUCGCAAAAAAUAUGGCUUUAUUUCGUGUCAUACUUUGUGAAAGAUCACGGAACUUUAGGAUUUGAUCAUCAUCCUUCGAGCACAGAAUUUCAAAGCAGAGUUCCGCAUGGAGAUACGUGCGACAUCAGCAGUCUUCAGCUGAUAUUCGAAAGCCUAAACAAGACACAUCCUUUGAUAAAAGAAAAAGUCUCACAUAAAUUUUGCGAGGCAACAUUACCGGUAAUGUGUACUAGAACAGCCGAUUAUGAGAAUUUUGUUCCGAAACGACCCUGCAUGCCCCCGACGGAGAGUUAUCUCUCUAUCGGAUCCGAAGUUUUGCUGAAAUAUACACUCGUUAUGCGCAGACCAAAUGUAGUUUCUUCGCUUUCUGCGUCAUCUUUUGUCAUCAGAUACGAGUUUGUAAAUUUUGAACCUUCAGUUGAAAAAGAUAGUAAGCAAAAUAUCUGCGGUCGAAACAUCUCCUCAGCAACAGCUGCAUCUGGAAUCCUCUUUUCGCCUAAUAAUGUAUUCUUUUAUGGAAGAGGGGGCAAAGAAAACUUAAGCUGUGAAUACCAUUUCGAACUAAAACCUAAGGAAAGAAUUUCGGUGAGUGUGGUUCAAUUUAGAUCAAAUAUCAGUAAUUGCGUGACUUUCCUCGAUCCCCUUCUGCGUAGAUACGAUUGCAAAUUCAAGAAUGGUAGACACUCUUCAAACAGUUUUAUACCAUAUAGACACUCUUUUCUAUCCUUUACUGAAUCGUCUGCAUCUUCAUUGGUAUAUAUUGGAUGCAUUUGCCGAAAAGACCCAUCUUUGACUCCAUCAUUCAUAUCAUCUUCGUUCGAAUACCCAUCAAAGAUGACCAUGACGUUUGAUGUAUCAGGAAUGAUGGCGUUUGAGGAUUUUGAUGAUUUUUAUUUUGAAGUCCGGUUUCGCUUUAUCCCACCGAAUGACACCGAAAAAGAAUGCAGUGUCUUACCAGAAUCAUUGAAUAAAAAUAGAACUCAUGGCGGAGAAUUGACUUUCCAAGCUACCCUACCGCAUUCACCUUUCAUUGAAGAACGGUUACUACGAUGUCGAUGGAUUUUGCAAUCAUCUUCUCCAGAAACAUAUUUGUACCUUCAGUUACGUGGAAGACCUUGUGAUAAUACACAACUGCGGGAUGACUAUAACAGGGUCGUACUCUACAGCAGUGGAAACAAUGGUAUAAUGUAUCCCAAAACGGUGCUAUGUUUAUCUUCAACUACCGAUUCUUCGAAUUCUCAAUCCGAAAUUUAUGAUUUCUUUUCGUCGUCUUGGCAUCACAACGACACUACUUACCAUCAUUUAGCACAGAGAGAAAGCUUUUUACAUUCCUUUUCAUACUACGAUAAAAAUCAGACAAUUUCCGACAAAGUAAUCGUCGAGUUCGUAGCCUUUAAGAAGGGCAUUUUAUUAAUCAGGUGGUUGGAAGUGACUAGACCAACUUCCAAACCUCUCAAUGGGGAAGUGAACGCAGACGAAAGUUGGACACUCAGGAAUGUCAACUGUCUGCACGAGUGUCCAGAACUCAGCGCGUGCAUCAACCCAGAGCUGUGGUGCGACGGUGUAGUGCACUGUCCCCACUCGGGAUUCGAUGAAUCCUCCGAGAACUGCCAGCAGACUGUGACACUGUACAUUUUAAUUAGCAUAGGAAGUUUGAUCAUCUGUAUAGCUGUAGGCCUGGCAGCUUUUCUCUUGUUCAGGCAUUAUGCAGAGCAGAGACAUAGUCACCAGCAGACGCAUCCAGCUAACGUCAUUCAUCGACAUCCUCCCCCUCAUUGCCUCCAGCACAAUCAGAGUCACGACUUGGUGAGCAAGAACUUCCCCAGUGCCUCCCCCGUGUUCAUGAUGGGGGGAGGCAGCGUGAAGAAGAAGAAAAAGAACAAAGAUGAUUUUGUUCGGCACAUUCAGACAGUUGAGGUGCGUUUCCCCGAUAUUCACAUGUGAUAUGUAAAUCUUUGCCGACUGUGUGUGUAAAUGAAACAAAGAAUAAUUGCAAUAUUAAAAAGGUGGAAAUUAGACAUCAGUAACUGCGAGACAGACCUGCCCAUGACUUCAGGAAAUAAGAGUGAUAUUGUAUUGCAACUACAUUAUAUGGUGCAUGAUAAUUAUGUGUUAUAUGUGUAUUUGAAAGCUACAUAUUGGAUUUUGCUUCUAUGUUUUCCUCGUCCACUAAUGUUGUAUUCAUUCCGGUAUUUGUUAAAUGUUAUUCACUCUUGGAUGGUAUAUGUAUCGAUUGUGGAAUAUUCAAUAUAUCCCUGUUUAUCUGAAUUUCCUGUAAAUGUAUAUAUUCAUAUAUAUAUGAAACUAAAUUCUUUCUGUAUAAAGCUGGCAGAUUUAUUCUGUGUUCCAUUUAAAAAUAAUUGUUAUUUGUGUUUUAAAAACUUUUUUUCCUUCCGUGUUUAAAUUCUUGAACAGUAUUCAAGGAGAUUAAACGCCAUCUUCAUUUGAAAUUUCCACCUUUUUGACGAAUCUUAUUCUGUGUUUACUCACAUGUGAUGAUAUUUGUCUCUGGAAAAUCUCAUCUGUCAUACUAAUCCUCAUGUUUAUAGUUUUCGAUCUUUUUCUACGUGGAAAAGUUCCCUUUUA